AUGGCGACCGGAUCUGUCGAGGAUUCCUCAUCUGAGGUGCAGAGUGGCUCUGUCCCUAGCUCUCUUCCGUUCAAAACCAAUAGCAUACGACAUGGCAUCCACGAGAAGGAGAGGCAUCUGGUCCAGUCCUUCCGAUCCGUUCCGCAGAAAUUCGCGAACCCAUUUCUCGUUACCGAUCGCGCAGAUGAGAACCAGUUGUGCAUAUCCUCAAGAACUCUUGAACUGAAUGACUUUAAGCUUCUGAAAACACUGGGCACCGGCACCUUUGCUAGAGUAUGGCUCACCAGGUUGAAGAACCAGGAGGACAAGAACAAAGUCUACGCGCUGAAGGUCCUGCGAAAGGCCGACGUGAUCAAAUUGAAGCAGGUGGAACAUGUGCGCAAUGAACGCAAGACACUUGCAGCAGUCAACGGACACCCGUUCAUCACAAAUCUAAUUGCGUCAUUCUCGGACGAACACAGCUUAUACAUGCUGGUAACCUUUCUUCUCCUUUUGUCCUAUCUCCUACAAGGCACUGACCUCUCGCAGUUGGAUUUCUGCCCUGGAGGAGAGAUCUUCACCUAUCUCCGACGAGCACGACGCUUCAACGAAGAUACCUCAAGAUUUUACGCCGCCGAAAUUACAAUGACAAUCGAAUUCCUGCAUGAUAUCCACGGAGUUGCGUACCGCGACCUCAAGCCCGAAAAUAUCCUCCUCGAUGCCGACGGCCAUAUCAAACUCGUGGACUUUGGAUUCGCAAAGCAAGUCGGUAACCGCGAAACCUACACCCUCUGCGGCACACCGGAGUACCUGGCUCCGGAAGUCAUCCAUAACAGCGGGCACGGAUUAGCAGUGGACUGGUGGGCUCUUGGUAUUCUGAUCUAUGAGUUUUUGGUGGGACAACCUCCAUUCUGGGACCAGAACCCCAUGCGCAUUUAUGAGCAAAUUGUCGAAGGUCGACUUCGCUUCCCUCCUAACAUGCCCCCAGCAGCGCAGAACAUUGUCUCGCUUCUUUGCAAGACAAAUCCUUCAGAACGACUGGGAUACAUUUCUGGCGGCUCAGGCCGUGUCAAAGCCCAUCCAUUCUUUGCAAAUGUGGUGUGGGAUGAUCUCUUCUAUCAUCGGGUCAAAGGUCCGAUUCUUCCCCGAGUAUCACAUCCCGCCGACGCGGGCAAUUUCGAGGAAUAUCCGGAAACCGACACUAGGAACCAAAACAUCUACACCGAGGACCAGAAGAAGAAAUAUGAGCCUCUUUUCAGUGAUUUCUGA